GAUGUGUCCUUGCCGCACAUAACAUUUGAUCCUACGAGCCGGAUUGAAGUCAGAAACUCCUGAAAAUCGCCCUGGCCGGCCUGAAGCACAGCGACCACGGGACCCACAACAAGCCGCCAUCAUUGGGAAUCGCCAUCGAAGAUCGUCACACUCACACAAAAGGUUGGUGCGUUCCAUAUCUCACAUUCCUGUCGUUUUUCCUUGAGCUCACACAUUGUCGCUUAAGCAUUCUCGUAUUUCACAUUGUUUCGUUAUUCCUGGAGCACUCAAAUUUUCGCAUUUGUCGUUAACGUUAGAUUGUUUCGUUACGGCUUGGUUACCUACCUGAAUUUACUCUCAUUCUCGUUCUCGCUCACUCACGCAUAAUGCCUAAUGGUAAUGCUAGAAAACGUGCAUCCAUAAAGGGUACUCUUACUCGAUUUCAUGAUUAUUUCCAUGCCAUCAGUCAAAAAUCUAAUCCAGAUAUCACAGAACUGGAAUGCAGACUAGCUUCUGUCGAAUUACUGUUAGACAAUUUUAACAAAAUCCAAGAAAAAAUCGAAGAUUCAGAUGGAAAUUUUGAGGAAAAUUUUGAAUCAGUUCAUUCAGUAGCGCGUGCUGACUUUGAAAAUGCCUUUUACGAAAUUAUAUCAAAAACCAAGCAAUUUUUGAACGAUCAUCGACCAUCGCUAGGAAACAAUGCGGCUUUACAUUCCCCUCCACAAUUUGUACAGCCAGAUUUGCAAGCUAUCAAACUUCCGGCCUUGAAUAUCCCACAUUUUGAUGGAUCAUACGAUCAGUGGCUAUUUUUCCGAGAUACCUUUCGCUCUUUAAUCCAUAACAAUGAUGCCCUAAGCCCCAUACAAAAGUUUCAUUAUCUGAGAUUGUCACUAAAAGGUAGCGCCGCAGACACAAUCAAGUCUCUCGAAAUUUCAAAUCAAAAUUAUAAUGUAGCUUGGGACUUACUGGAGGAACGCUUCGAAAAUAAGCAACUUUUAGUCAACAAUCAUAUAAAAGCACUUUUUGACAUACCUACCAUCCAACGAGAAGGCUAUGCUAGCCUACGGGACUUAGUAGACCGCCUACAGAAACACUUGCGAGCUUUGGAGGUUUUGAAACUACCUGUCUCGCACUGGGACUUGAUACUCAUCUACCUCAUUUCCUCCAAGCUAGAUAACGCUACUCGCCGCGAAUGGGAAAUGCGGAGCAAAACGCAAGAACUUCCUACCAUGACGGAAUUUUCAGAAUUUCCAAAAAACAAGUGUCGAAAUCUGGAAUCUUUAGAAAUGAACCAUGAUAAAGCGAGACAAAAUCAAUCGUUCAAUAAGCACGUCAAGCCCAAGGCGUUUGUAGCUACACACAACGAAAAUACGUCAUGCGCGUUUUGUAAAAGGGAUCAUUCAAUCUAUAUUUGCCAAGAGUUUAUUCGCUUAGCCCCCACAGAGCGUUUUAAUGAAACAAGGCGCCUCAAUCUUUGUAUCAACUGUCUGAGAUUCGGACACAACGUGAAUAAUUGCAAGUCCAUGUUCUGUAAAUGUUGCAGCAAGCCUCAUCAUACUUUACUGCACUUUCCUAGCAAACCGGGAGCUCGACGACACGACGCGCCUCCCUUGCCGCCUGCCGUUCGGCGUCAGUACAAUGGGCGUCAUAAAGGUGCAAUUUCGUUGCGAUGUCCCGCCGCCGCGGUCGACCGCAACUGCCCGCCGCAAUGCACUGAUAUCAUUGUUUUCAAAUCGACGCAUUUUCGUUGA